UAAAAACCUCAUUUGCGUUCGACAAUCUGAGCUGUCAAGGUCUUAUUGUCAUUUCUGAGAGGAAGCGUUUAAUUACUCGACAUUCAGUGGAUACCUUCUGGAUAUUUUGUAUUCAACGGAUACCUUCUGGAUUACUCGAUAUUUAACGGAUACCUUUUUGGAUUAACGCAAUCUAUCAAAGUCUCUCUGCUCGACAAUCGAAACUCCGUUUCGCUUACAAGUUGAGCUUUUAAACUUUGAUUUUGACGACUAUUCUCAUUCCAACUUUGAAAUAGUCACUGUGUUGCCAUGGACAGACGUUUCAGUGAAAAUAACCUGCCAUUGCAAAUGCAGUUUGUUGCUGUCGCUAACAGCCCAGACAUGCCGGCAGUAGUACAGCUGAGGACCCAUGAGGAGCCCCCUCACCCAGGACUCAGAGAGGCCCUGUACUCAGCCAUCAAUGAGAUUAAGUCUCUGAGAGAUCAGAACAAAUCUCUGAUGACUGAGAAUAGUGAACUCAAGAAAGAGCUGACCAGCAAGGAGAAAGCUCUAGAAAGGGCCAAAACCGCCAACAGUGUGCUCAGUUACGCGUCAGAGGAGUGGAGAACGAGAUGUGAGGUCAUGGAGAAGGGCCUCGCCGCCAACACGUUCCAGCUGCAGGAGCUCAACAUCAAACUGCAAGAGCAGAAGCAGGUGUUGAAUGGCAGGCAGGUGGAGGUGAGCCGUCUCCAAGAGGAAGUUCGGGAAAAAACUUUCCUCCUCAACAUGGAAAUACAAAAACAUCAGGCUACAACCAAAGCCCACGUAGAGACCCUGCAGAAGCUGUCUCGCAAAGAAACCCAGCUCAACAGGAUCGAAGGACAGUGGAAGAGCCGGUGUGACGCUCUGGAAGAGAGCCAUGUCUCCAAAUCCACCCAGCUGCAGGAGCUCAACGCCAAACUACAAGAGCAGGAGCAGGUGUUGACUAACAGGCAGGUGGAGGUGAGCCGUGUCCAAGAGGAGCUUCAAGAGAAAACUGGCCUCCUCGACAGGGAAAUAGAAAAACGUCGGUUGAGAACCAAAGCCCACGUAGAGACCCUGGACCAGCUUUCCCUCAAAGAAACUGAGCUCAACAGGAUUGAAGAACAGUGGAAGAGCCGGUGUGACCGUCUGGAAGAGAACCAUGUCUCCAAAUCCACCCACCUGCAGGAGCUCAACAUCAAACUACGAGAGCAGGAGAAGGUGUUGACCAACAGGCAGGUGGAGGUGAGCCGUCUCCAAGAGGAGCUUCAAGAAAAAACUCGCCUCCUCGACAGGGAAAUAGAAAAACGUCGGUUGAGAACCAAAGCCCACGUAGAGACCCUGCACCAGCUUUCCCUCAAAGAAACUGAGCUCAACAGGAUUGAAGAACAGUGGAAGAGCCGGUGUGACCGUCUGGAAGAGAACCAUGUCUCCAAAUCCACCCACCUGCAGGAGCUCAACAUCAAACUACGAGAGCAGGAGAAGGUGUUGACCAACAGGCAGGUGGAGGUGAGCCGUCUCCAAGAGGAGCUUCAAGAAAAAACUCGCCUCCUCGACAGGGAAAUAGAAAAACGUCGGUUGAGAACCAAAGCCCACGUAGAGACCCUGCACCAGCUUUCCCUCAAAGAAACUGAGCUCAACAGGAUUGAAGAACAGUGGAAGAGCCGGUGUGACCGUCUGGAAGAGAACCAUGUCUCCAAAUCCACCCACCUGCAGGAGCUCAACAUCAAACUACGAGAGCAGGAGAAGGUGUUGACCAACAGGCAGGUGGAGGUGAGCCGUCUCCAAGAGGAGCUUCAAGAAAAAACUCGCCUCCUCGACAGGGAAAUAGAAAAACGUCGGUUGAGAACCAAAGCCCACGUAGAGACCCUGUACCAGCUUUCCCUCAAAGAAACUGAGCUCAACAGGAUUGAAGGACUGCAGAAGAGCCGGUGUGACCGUCUGGAAGAGAACCAUGUCUCCAACUCCACCCACCUGCAGGAAGUCACUAAACUUGCGGACCAGGAAGAGGAGAAAAAGAAAGAGGAGGAGAUGAUUGAGAAGAAAAGGGCGGAAGAGAGCACAAAGAUGGAUAAUGAUGUGGAGGAGAUUAAUGUGGAGGGUAAAAGUGGAGCAAGAGAAAGGAAACAUAAAAAGAGUCAUCACAAAAGGAGAGCGAAAAGAAGGAAUCACUGAAAUGUUCAGUAGCAAGUAGGAAUGGUUGGACUCCCCCCAAAACUCCAACCUGCCUCCUACCUGACCCUCUCCUGGCUUAGUCUUCCCUACUCUGUACCCACAACCCUGCUACCCUAAACCCUCCGCACCAGCCUCGCCCCACCCGCUACCGUCUCCACCCACA